AAGGUGGAACAUUAUAAUAUUGUUCAAAUAAUACCACAACUGGACAAGAAACUAUGACUGAAGACUAUAUGGAAUUCUAUUGGUCUUCUCAUGUAUGCAUUUAGCCCAGUGAUCAAAGUUCAGCAUGAAGCUCUGCAUUUUAUUUCAAGGAAUCCCUUCAAUCAAUAGAGUCCUUCACAUUUGAUCAUGGAAGAGCCAGAGCUCCCUGUGCUACUGGUCAAUGAAGUGGGUGGAGUCCUUGGUGUCUUGGAAGCUCAUGUGCCAUUUCUGAAGAAACACUUUCACCUUAUCACCAUGAAGGAAUUUCUUGAAAGCAAAGAGUAUUUUAGUGGAAAGGUCAAAGCUAUUUAUGUGUGGUGGCACAAACCAGUCAUUGACAGAGAGCUGUUGAAGAGCUUGCCUAACUUAAAAGUGAUUGCAAAUUCAGGAGUAGGGAUGGAUCACUUGGAUCUGAAAUUGAUCUCUGGAUUUGGAGUGAGAAUGGCCAAUGCUCCCCAAGCUGUUGCAAACUCCACUGCAGAUACUGGCAUGGCUCUACUGUUGACGGCUGCUAGAAGACUAGUUGAAGGUUGCCAAAUUGCUGUUUCUCCAGACACUGAAUGUUUGCCUAUGAACUGGCUAGGAGACGAAGUCACUGGGGCUACUUUGGGUAUCAUUGGAAUGGGUAACGUUGGAUACAAAGUUGCUCAGAGGGGCAGAGCUUUUGAAAUGAAAAUUCUCUAUCAUAACAGGAACAGAAGGAAAGAAGAUGACGAAUUGGCUGUGAGUGCCUGCUACUGUAGGAAGUUAGAAGACUUGCUCCAGCAGUCUGACUUUGUGAUGCUGGUUGUAAAUCUGACACCACAGACAUACAAAUUGAUUGGAAAAAAGGAAUUAGAGUUGAUGAAACCUACAGCUACUCUUAUAAAUAUAUCUAGAGGACCUGUUAUAGAUCAAGAUAUGCUUGUAGAAGCUCUCCAGAAUGGUGUUAUUAAAGGUGCAGCUAUGGAUGUCACUUAUCCUGAACCAUUACCCAGAGAACAUCCAUUAUUAAAAUUGAAGAAUGUCCUCAUAACUCCUCAUCUUGGUGCUAGAACACACAAAACCUGCCACAAGAUAACAGAGGAAGCUGUAGGAAAUAUACUGGCUGGUCUUAGUGGUCUCCCGAUGCCCAGUGAAGUGUUUCCUGAUGAAAUUUGCUGAAGAGCAUCACACAUAACAAUAUGAAAUAAUUAUUUCAAUUAUUUCCAGUGGAAUGAAGAUAUUGUAUAGAUUCAGCCUAAAUUUCAUGCAUUUACAACCUGUCUUAGAUCUGGAUUGAAGAUACAAAAGAAGCCCACAAUACUUUCCAUAUAUUACUACUUCCAGUAUGUUCUUUGCUACAGUUUCACAUAAUGUUCAGAUAAAGCUUGCUAAUUACUGUUCAGUCUGAAACGUUUUACUUCUGAAUAGUUGCUUUGCCUCAAGAUUUGCAAAUUACUGACUUAAUAAUAAUUUGUGGCCAAACUGAGCCUUGAUACCAGGUAUGAUCAACACAAAAUGGGUUUCCUCCCUACCCAUGUAUAAUGGGUUUCCCCAUUACCCAUUCUCAAGGUCUGCCUGACUGCUAUUACUAAUAUGAUUAUGUAUAUACUGCUUUUCAACAAAAGUGCUCAAAGAGGUUUUCACAAACAAACAAACAAUAAAUAAAGAGAUGAUUUCCUGUCUCCAAAGAGCUCAGGAAAUACAGGAGGACCUCAUUAAUCAUGGAUCCAGCACUCACAGUUUCACGUAUCCGCAGUCAGGUAAUUAACACCCGACCUCGUCAUACGCAUGGGGGAGGGGGAGUUAAAACUGUCUAUCCAUGAGUCAGGGGUGGCUGGAAAUAACCUUUGACAUUAUUUUCAGUUGCCAUUUGGAGCACCAGAGCCUUUUGUGGCUCGUUUGCUGAAAAAAUGGGGGAAAAACUGCUAUUCUCUCAGAGAGGAGAGCUGGUCUUGUGGUAGCAGGCAUGACUUGUCUCCAUAGCUAAGCAGGGUCUGCCCUGGUUGCAUAUGAAUGGGAGACUUGAUGUGUGAGCACUGCAAGAUAUUCCCCUCAGGGGAUAAAGCCGCUCUGGGAAGAGCAGGAGGUUUCAAGUUCCCUCUCUGGCUUCUCCAAGAUAGGGCUGAGAGAGAUUCCUGCCUGCAACCUUGGAGAAGCUGCUGCCAGUCUGUGAAGACAAUACUGAGCUAGAUAGACCAAUGGUCUGACUCAGUAUAUGGCAGCUUCCUAUGUUCCUAUGUUCUUUAUUUAGCAGGGGGAGAGUAACUGGCCCUAUCCACUCCCAGUACAGUACUUCCAGUGACUGUUGCUGGUGUCUAUCUUAUGUUUCUUUUAGAUUGUGAGCCCUUCGGGGACAAGGAUCCAUCUUAUCUAUCUAUCUAUCUAUCUAUCUAUCUAUCUAUCUAUGUAAACCGCCCUGGGCUAUUUUUGGAAGGGCGGUCUAGAAAUCGAAUUAUUAUUAUUAUUACUCCAGUAUCCAUGGAUUUUCUAUCUGGCCCCCCCCAGAACAGAACCCCCAUGAAUAAUGGGGUUCUCCUGUCUAAGAUAGACACCAGCAACUACCACUGGAAGGAUGCUGUGCUGGGCUUGAUUAGGAACAAUUGGUCUCCACUGUUAAAUAGAAGAGAACCACCACUUUUUAAAAGUGCCUCUGCUUUGGUUAGGUGGGGACUGCCACUUCAAAGUUACUUACAUUUAUUUUUCACUUUUUGAAAGAAUUACUUCCAUAGUUUUUGAAAGCCACGAAAAAGUAUUUAAAUGCUUGACCGCAAUUCUAACAUGACUUUAUAUAUGUAUUCAUUAUAAAAAAUAAAGGGUGCCUCAA